CCGGUUUAAUGACCAAAGGUUUCAAAGAACUUUGUCUGGCAUCAAUUUUAUACUUUAUAGUUAAAUGAUUCCAAGUAUUCAUAGGCUAUCUCAGUGCACAAGAAGAAAUGGUCAAUAGUUUCUUCACAUGAACAGAGAACACAUCUGGAGGUAAUUGGAAUAUGGAUUUCUCAAGCUUCCCAAUUGUGUGUCAUUGGGGAGGGAACUAUUAUGAGGAUGCUAGUCAAAUAUGCCAUGAAGGUGGUACAACCACGUUUGUCAUGGUUUGUCGUGGUGCUUGCAUGUUCGAGAUCCUUCAAAAAAUACAUACAGCCACAAUGAUUCAUCCUAGCCGUUCUUUGCGUUUGAAAAUGAAAUUUCCCAUGAACGGGGGAAAGUACAUGUUUAUGCCCCUCACUGAUGAGCUAACUAUAACAAAUAUGUGGGCCAUAGUUCAGAUGGAAGACAUGUCAAUGCUUGAGAUAUACAAUGAGGAAUCCAUAUGUGACGCUUAUCGUACUCCAUCAACAUCAAAUGUUGUUGUAUCUACGCAUUAUGUCAAUGCAGGUGUGAAUGCUGUGAACUCCUCAAAUGCUCCUGCAAUGGACAUGGUUAUACAGGAAGAUGGUAGGUAUUUGCACAACGGUGCAUCAUUUGUAUUUAUGUGUUCGAGUAUGAAUAUUAGAUGAUUAAUUGUUAUGAAUGUUUGAUGAUUGUACUGUAUUUUACCGGUGAGUUGUAUGUGUUUAUGUAUGUGUUUGUGAACA